AUGCCUCUAACCGGGGUCAAGAAUAUCGUGCUGGUCCUUUCCGGCAAAGGCGGCGUGGGUAAAUCAUCUGUCACAUUGCAGCUGGCGCUCGCGCUCUCCCUCCAAGGCAAAUCCGUCGGGAUUCUCGACAUCGACCUGACCGGCCCCUCAAUUCCGCGACUUGUCGGCCUCGAAGAUGCAAAGAUCACCCAAGCACCGGGAGGCUGGCUGCCCGUCGUCGUACAUGGGGCCGAAUCUACGCAACAACCCACAAUUGACCCCAAUUUCUCGGCACCAUCACCACCACAAUCAACAUCACCACCGCAACAGCAGCAACAGCAGCGAGGCUCUCUGCGCUGCAUGUCCCUAGGCUUCCUCCUCCGCGACCGCGGUGACGCCUUUCUCACAGACGUCUUCUGGGGCCCCACCGACUACCUGCUCAUCGACACGCCACCGGGGACCAGCGACGAGCACAUCGCGCUGGCCGAGCAGCUGCUGGCGCUGUCGACGACGGAUGGCGCCGAUGCCGUGCAGCGCAACUUGCCCCGCACUGUGGGCGCGGUGCUGGUUACCACGCCGCAGGCUGUGGCUACCUCGGACGUGCGCAAGGAGGCUAACUUCUGUGUCAAGACGAGUAUCCCCGUGCUGGGCGUGAUUGAGAAUAUGUCGGGGUAUGCGUGUCCGUGCUGUGGCGAGGUGAGCAAUUUGUUCUCGAGUGGUGGUGGCCAAGUUAUGGCGCAGGAGCUGGGGAUCCCGUUUUUGGGGAGGGUGCCGGUUGAUGUCAAGUUUGGGGAGUUGGUUGAGGGGAAAUUGUUGUCUGGUGAUAGUGAUGAUGAAGACCAGGAGGAGGAGAAGGAGAAGGAGAAGAAGGAGGAAGAUGCCCGAAAUCACACCCCGCAGGAUACCCCGGCCGAACCUGACGAGAGGCUGCUCGUGGAGCGGUACAAGGAUUGCCUGUCGUACUCGCGCUUUGAGGGCUUUGCUCAGACGGUUAUCACCGGCGUGGAGGGGAGUGCUCCAUCUUAA